AUGCAAAGCCACUUUCCCCCGGACGAGGAGCCGCUGAUCGAGGAGCCUUCGGUGAACCGAUACAGCCGGCAAAAGCCCAGCGACCGCUUACAUGGGGCCUACGUUAUUUUUUUCCUCCUGGGCAUCGGGUCCUUGCUGCCCUGGAAUUUUUUCAUCACGGCGAAGCACUACUGGAUGUACAAGUUGCAAAACUGCUCGGAUCAGGCGGGCCCGGCGGGACAGGCGGCGGCGGAUCUGCGGGACUUUUUCGAGAGUUACAUCUCCAUCGCUUCGACCGUGCCCUCGGUGCUCUGCCUGGUCGGAAACUUCUUGCUCGUCAACAAGGUACCCGCCAGCGUCCGGAUCCUGUCCUCCCUCUUCGUCAUGCUGGCCGUCUUCCUGGUGAUCACGGUGCUGGUGAAGGUCGACACCUCCACCUGGACCACCCGCUUCUUUGCCCUCACCAUCGCCUGCGUGGUCGUCGUCAGCAGCGCCUCGACCGUCUUCACCAGCAGCAUCUUCGGUCUGAGCAGCUGCUUCCCCAUGAAGAACUUGCAGGCGCUGAUCUCGGGUCAGGCCAUGGGCGGCACGAUCAGCGCCAUCGCCUCCCUGAUAGACCUGGCGGCGGCGGCUGCCGUUACGGCCAGCGCUCUGGCCUACUCCCUCACCGCCGACAUCUUCAUCGUCAUCUGCAUCAUGGUGUACCUCCUCCUUCCCAGGCUGGAGUACUCCAGGUAUUACAUGAGCCGCCAGAAGGAGAGCCCAUCUCUGGCUGUCGUGCCACCCGACAGCUCUGCGGAGGACGAGGCAGAGCCAGGAGGCACCACAAAUACCCCCUUCCUCGUGAAAAGCACCAGCAUCCCCCCGCUCCGCCCCAUCCUGCAGAAGACCGCCCUCCUCGGCUUCUGCCUCUUCUACGUCUUCUUCAUCUCCAUCAUCAUCUUCCCUUCUCUCUCCUCCAACAUCGAGUCGGUCAGCAAGUCCUCGGGAAGCCCUUGGAGCACCAAGUACUUCGUGCCGCUCACCUGCUUUCUCCUGUACAACUUCGCCGACUGGUGCGGGAGGCAGAUCACCGCCUGGAUCCAGGCCCCCGGCCCCAAGAGCAAGCUGCUGCCUGCCCUCGUCCUCCUCAGAACCAUCUUCCUCCCUCUCUUCAUCCUCAGCAACUACCAGCCCCGGUCUCACAUCCGGACAGUGGUUUUCAACCAAGACAUCUACCCCGUGGUCUUCACGGCGCUGCUGGGGCUGAGCAACGGCUACCUGGGGACGCUGGUCAUCGUCUACGGCCCCAAGAUCGUGCCGAAAGAGCUGGCCGAGGCAGCAGGGGUGGUGAUGACUUUUUACCUCAUGCUGGGGCUGGCCGUGGGGUCCGGCUGCUCCAUCCUCAUUGUCCACCUCGUGUAG